AUGCAUAUCGCCAUAAUCUCUAUGGUAUUGAUAUAAAUUUAUGCGUUUCAAGCCACUCUCAUUCAGCAAUACUCUAGAAUCCAUCCUUAAAACACCAAAAAGAAGUCUCCUACAAGUUCUGAUAGAAUAUCCAAGUCAUUUGAAAAAACGAAGCCAAGAGUGGAGAAACAAUAAAUUAGAUCGGAAACGAUUGAUGUGGUGAUGAGACCCACAGAUCCUGUAUUAGAGGAAGUCCAUUCUCAAAGAUAGAAAAUCAUAAAUUAGAGAGUCGUUGCUGUUAACACUUUCAAUCGAAUUCUUAAUGUCGAUCGAGUUGGACACCGAAUGCAGCGAGGAUAGCUUUUGAGAUAUUUGAGAGAAUUCUACAGUCAGAUCAUGGUGGAACAAAUAAAUAAAGUUCUUAAGGUGCCAGAUACAUUGACACUGUAGAUGUACGAAUAGCUUAUAACUGCUUUGUAACAAUUAGACAGAUAACAAUACUUGAACUUAUGUUUUUAGAUAUAUGAUUUAUCAGGAUAAGGUGUAAUUACUAGUACAAACCUGUUGUCUCUUCUUUCAGUAGAAAAAAAUACUUCAAUUAUAGAAAAUGACAUUUUGACCAUGAUUAAACUUCGAUCGAGUCUACUUAAGUCGUAAUUGGAUAAGAAUGAGUAAUCCAGACUACCCAAACUUAGAACCAUUAGCUUCCAAGGGCAAACGGAUAAUGAUCUCCCAAAUCGAGGAAGAAGAAGUAGAUCAAAAUGUUAUCCAUCCCAUUAACAGAUUGAAACUCAUUGA